AUGAUCACCCAACCCUCAACAUCAAAACCAACGUCUCUCUCCACCACCACCCUUCCUCCUCCUUCACCACCUCCAUCUCUUCAACAGAACAGUCCAAAACGAAAAAGAGAAAUGUGCGAACCACCGCAACAAAUCACCACUCUUCGUUCCACUUCAACCCGUUUUCAAUUUCAUCCCACUACCCCUGAAAAAUCCUCUCGUUACUCUCCUAAUUCAAACCCUCUUAAUAAUAACUGCUUCAAAUGUCACCAACCAGGUCACUGGGCUUCCGUUUGUCCCCUCAAAUCCUCCAAAAGUAAACCUCAUUUCCGUUCACAGGUUUCUCCUUCCCAACAGAUAUACUGUCGUUGCGGUCACGGUUUUUGUGAAGUUAAAACCUCUCAUAGUGAUAAAAACUAUGACAGAGACUACUUUACAUGUCCCAUCAAAAGGGGUGCAUGUUGUAGUACUUUUGUUAAGUGGUGUGAUGAUCCUAUCAAUGAGAGUGAUUUGCAACCUCCUUUGAUUAAGUAUCCUGAGUGUGACUGUGGAGCUGGAGUUUGUAGAAAAGUGAUGGAAACAGAAGAGGGUUCUCGUAGGGUUAAAUCCUAUUUUGCUUGUCCCAUUAAACAGAGUCAUGGAUCUUGUGGUUACCGUGUGUGGGAAGACGAAGUACUCAGUACUGCAAGCAUUGACGAACUUGUCAAUAACCCGAGCGUUGUUCCUAUCCGACAGAGCAAACAAAGAUCUCUCAAUGGAUUUUUCACGGGAGGCCAAACCGAUACACCUGUUAACGACGACCUGGCUAAUGAUUUGGCUGAUGGUAGUGAUUUGCUAUUAACCACCAAAAGGAUGAGAAUAACGGAUAGCUCUGAGAAUCCUUCGCCUGUGACUGGAUCUGAGAUUCUAGAAGGAAAAAGUAGAGGAUCAUCUAUAGAGGAGGUCAGUUUACAAGAUGUCGGUUUUCCGAAAAUUGAAUUUGAAGAUGAUCUAGAAUCAAUAAACUUAGCCUCGUGGGCGGCAGUUGAGGCUGAAGCCUCAGGAAUUAGUUGUCGACAGAGCUUAUUCCAGAACGACACUUUGGCUGCUGAUGCAUCAUUAGGUCGCCUUAUUUUCUUUCAUCCAACUCAAAGUUUGAAAUCCCCUCAACCUAAACCGUUCUUCUGCUGUAUUUCUCCAUCGCUCCAUCCUAUAGAAGUUCCUAAACAAACAAGUACUCUUAAUAGCCAAAGUGAAUGCAACGACCUCGCUAUCAAGACUCCUAAUCAAUGUACCCAACUUUCGACAGAUGUAGUAAGCCCCAACAGAUCACAGGGAAGUGACAGCCAGGUAAAAGCACGAAGACAAAGAGAAGUCGCGUUAUUUAGACAACAGCGACUUCUCAAUGAUCUGGAGGAUUUGGAUUUUCAUCAGCACGAGUCUAUGAGAGAGACAGCGGAAGCCAUUUUUUCUAUGUUAAACCUUUUAGGAUUUGAGUGUAAACAAUUCUCUGACUAUGUAUGGAACUGCAUCAACCUCGCAACGACAAUGGCAGAAAUUGACGAGUCCAUGAAAAACUCGCCUGCAUUGGAGCAGCACAGUAAAUUCUUGGAGGAGGAGAAAGCAAGACUGGCUAACAUCAAGGAUGACUAUAUGAAAACCGAGACUUUGCUCGGGGAAUCCAAUCAAAAGAGAAAUCUGCUUUCUGAAGAUAUUGCUCAUCUCGAGGCCACGGUCCUUGAAAAACGAAACGAGUUGAAAAUUUGCGAGUUGGAGACACUGAAGGUAGAGACUCAGCUUGACGAUUUAAAAAGAAGAAUGUUAGAGGUCGACGUAACCAUAAAAGAUAAAGUUCGACAAGCAGAAGCAGCAAGGAAACAAAUUGCGAAGAGAGACAGAAAGCAAGUUGAAGCCAUGACAGCAUUGGAGAAGGCUAAACAUGAAUUGGUAAAUUAG